AUGGAGGGGAGAGCCUGGCCCGUGCAGUGCGCGGCGCUCGCCGUCCUCUGCGCUUGCAGUGCCCUGAGCGCGGCCACUGCCAAGAGGCAGUUUGUGAAUGAAUGGGCGGCGGAGAUCCCCGGGGGACCCGAGGCCGCCGCCGCCAUCGCCCAGGACCUGGGCUAUGACCUUUUGGGUCAGAUUGGAUCACUUGAAAACCACUACUUAUUCAAACAUAAAAACCAUCCCCAAAGGUCUCGAAGAAGCGCUAUUCAUAUCACUAAGAGAUUAGCUGAUGACGAUCGUGUGAUAUGGGCUGAACAACAGUAUGAAAAAGAGAGAAGCAAACGUUCUGCUUUAAGAGACUCCGCUAUAAAUCUCUUCAAUGAUCCAAUGUGGAAUCAGCAGUGGUACUUGCAAGAUACCAGGAUGACUGCAGCUCUGCCCAAGCUGGAUCUUCAUGUGAUACCUGUUUGGCAAAAGGGUAUCACAGGCAAAGGAGUUGUUAUCACUGUACUGGAUGAUGGCUUGGAGUGGAACCACACAGACAUCUAUCCAAAUUACGAUCCAGAGGCAAGUUAUGAUUUUAAUGAUAAUGAUCAUGAUCCAUUUCCUCGAUAUGAUCCCACAAAUGAGAACAAACAUGGGACCAGAUGUGCGGGAGAAAUUGCCAUGCAAGCAAAUAAUCACAAAUGUGGAGUUGGCAUUGCAUACAAUUCCAAAGUUGGAGGCAUAAGAAUGCUGGAUGGCAUUGUGACUGAUGCUAUUGAGGCCAGUUCAAUUGGAUUCAACCCUGGACAUGUGGAUAUUUACAGUGCAAGCUGGGGCCCUAAUGAUGAUGGAAAAACUGUGGAGGGGCCUGGGAGACUAGCCCAAAAGGCUUUUGAAUAUGGUGUCAAACAGGGGAGACAAGGAAAGGGUUCUAUCUUUGUCUGGGCUUCUGGAAAUGGAGGGCGCCAGGGAGAUAAUUGUGACUGUGAUGGCUAUACGGACAGCAUCUACACCAUCUCCAUCAGCAGCGCCUCCCAGCAAGGCCUGUCGCCCUGGUAUGCCGAGAAGUGCUCCUCCACACUGGCCACCUCCUACAGCAGCGGGGAUUACACCGACCAGAGAAUUACAAGUGCUGACCUGCACGAUGACUGCACGGAGACCCACACAGGAACCUCGGCCUCUGCCCCCCUGGCUGCCGGCAUCUUUGCUCUAGCGUUGGAAGCAAACCCAAACCUCACCUGGCGAGACAUGCAGCACUUGGUGGUCUGGACCUCUGAGUAUGACCCGCUGGCCAAUAACCCUGGCUGGAAAAAGAAUGGAGCAGGCUUGAUGGUGAAUAGUCGAUUUGGAUUUGGCUUGCUUAAUGCCAAAGCUCUUGUGGAUUUAGCUGACCCCAGGACCUGGAGCAGUGUUCCUGAGAAGAAAGAAUGUGUUGUAAAAGACAAUGACUUUGAGCCCAGAGCCCUGAAAGCCAAUGGAGAAGUUAUCAUUGAGAUUCCAACAAGAGCUUGUGAAGGCCAAGAAAACAGUAUCAAGUCCUUGGAGCAUGUGCAAUUUGAAGCAACAAUUGAAUAUUCCCGCCGUGGAGACCUUCAUGUCACGCUCACUUCAGCUGCUGGAACUAGCACUGUCCUACUGGCUGAAAGAGAGCGAGACACAUCCCCUAAUGGCUUUAAGAAUUGGGACUUCAUGUCUGUUCAUACAUGGGGAGAGAAUCCUAUAGGCACAUGGACUUUGAGAAUUACGGACAUGUCUGGAAGAGUGCAAAAUGAAGGCAGAAUUGUGAACUGGAAGCUGAUUUUGCACGGGACCUCGUCCCAGCCAGAGCACAUGAAACAGCCUCGCGUGUACACAUCCUACAACACGGUUCAGAAUGACAGGCGAGGGGUGGAGAAGAUGGUGGAUGUAGGAGAGGAGAAACCGACAGAAAAGAACCUGGAUGCGAACAUUCUGGUUUCCAAAAGCCCCAGCAGCAGUAUGGGGGACACAAGAGAGCAGCAGGCAGAGGCAGCCCCUUCUGCGGCCAUGCUGCGACUCCUACAAAGUGCAUUUAGCAAAACCUCACCACUGAAGCAAUCACCAAAGAAGAUUCCAAGUGCGAAGCUCAAUAUCCCUUAUGAGAAUUUUUAUGAAGCUCUGGAAAAGCUAAACAAACCAUCCCAGCUUAAAGACUCUGAGGACAGUCUGUACAAUGACUAUGUUGAUGUUUUCUAUAACACAAAACCUUACAAGCACAGAGAUGACCGACUGCUGCAAGCGUUAGUAGACAUUCUGAGCGAGGAAAAUUAAAAUAAGUCGAGGGUCCCAAGUUGGAAAUAUUCACACAUCUUCCUUUUCCUUAGAUUUUUUUGCCUGGACCUGGAGUGGUUAUGUUCCAUGCUUCUAAACAUCUAUUAUGCUGCUUUUUCUUUUUCUCCACAAACUGUAAUUUGGACAGGAAUGAACUCAAAUAGUAAAUCCAACUUCCAAAAUUGAUCUCAGCUCUUUAAAAACAUGUCUUCCCUGCCUGCACACAUGAAGUGUUUUGUUCUUUCUGCAAUCACCUUUGGCAUAUGAUCUCUAUGACCCAUUAGAAUGACUUCCCGAAUCCACAUUUCAUUUCUCAUAAGAAAUGGUAAAACCCAGAACACCCAUUAAUUUGAAAACGUAAUUUACAAAAGUGAAAGAGGAAGAAAACUCUCUAUAGUUUGUUUCCUCUUUGCCAUGAUUUUUGAUGCCAAAGAAAUACUUGCAAAGUAUCUAAUGUGAAAGUUCACAAGUAGUCCCAUUCCCUAGUCAUUUCUACUCCAAAGUACUGAUCAUUGAAGAAGUGACAAUCUGGCCAUUCGAGAAAAAAAAAACUCUACUAUUUAGCUCUACAAACAGUUCUUGAAAUCUCUGUUAUCUGGCCAGAUCCUCUGAGGAUCUAAAGGUAUCUAUGUUGUUUGCUCUGGUCUUCCUUUAUUUUUCUCUUCUUCCUUGUUUGGCUUCUUAGCUACAACUCAAUAUUGAGAUAACUAAUUCAUAGCUCUGACUCAGAAUAAAACCUAUACUUCAGCUCUGGAAAUUCCUAGUCAUAAAUUUGUUUAGCUACCUUUAUCAUUGGAACCAAUCUAACAAGAGAAAAAUAUUCCUAAUGGCAAGAAAUAAAGCCAGUUACUUUUUCUUAAUGGUAUUUAUGAGAACAGAUUGUUCUGGACUUUUGUAACUGAAUAUUCAUCUUUGAGCACAACAGAAUCUUCUCUAAUCUUAUAGCUGAUAGCUUCCAAAUUCUUAUCAAAUGGCUUCCGUGUUUCAAAUUACAAAAUAGACUGCAGCCUACUGAUUUUAUUUGUCACUCCAGUAGAUGUUACUUUGUUUGAAGUAUGCUUUUAAGAUAGAGAGUUAGGGAUUAUUGAAAAUACCAGAUAUCAUAUAAAACUCUAUUCCCAGAAGUACCCUCCCUCAGUUGGCAACAGUUGGCUAGAGCUGAGUAGCAAGUGCCCAGCUAGAUUUGGGCCCCGGGUCUUUUGGCCUGCUCCACACUAUUUACAAUGACCACAAUAUUCAUCACUGGUCUGUAUGAAUAGGCAUUUGGUUUUUUCCACUCCCGUACUAAAUGAAUAUGUAUAAAGUGUAAAUAGAUUAGGUAAAAGACUAUCCUAAACUUCUUUCAGGCAGGCUCUGUCAUUAAUCAUUUAUGCUAUGGUUAAAUAAUUUAUCUUUUAAUACAAAAAAACAUAUUUUAGAUGCUGAAAAUACCUUUGAGAUCUAUCUACUUAGAAUUAUGCACUUGAUCUCAUCUCACCUGAAUAUUCAGUUCUGGUAUUUAUUAAUUGCCAGCCCCUUAGCUUGUCUUUCUCAAUAUGGUAAUAAAGUCUCCAGUCACUUACAAAGAUGACAUCUCCAAGUGAGUUGCAGAUUUCAAAUCUUCUAUGAAAUCCAAACAUGAUAAGGCCACCCCAAUAUUGAACUAGUUCAGGAAUACAGGCUUAUUUGCUUUGAUUUCAAGUGAAGCUCCACCCCUUGCAUUCAUGCAGAACCAGAUUGUCUCCAGAGAAAUGCCAGGAAGCCUAGAAGACUUGCAGUAAUACUUUGUCCUGGUUUCACACAUUAUUUGAUCUAUAAAGUGUUAGAUAAUGUUUUCACUAUCUCAAUAUUUCAGCAUAUUCAAAAGUAGUAAAGCUGAAAAGGACCGAAGAGUUAUUAAAUUUCAGUGAAAACCUUUUACCCAGAGAGGCCAAUGAGUUGUGAUAAAUGACAGUCGGAGUUAAAAACUCAUCCUUUUCCCUUUCCCUUUCCUAAUCUGCUGACUAUACGGAGCUUUCUUUUCAUCCUUCCUGGCUUUUCCUGUUUAAACCCAAACCAGCUCAUUGGACUAUAGCCAAAGGUUCAUUCUAGAGAAGCUUUAAUACUUGGAUAAAAAUCAUGUUUGAAUGUUUCCAACCUGGAGUAUAUUGCUAAGUCCUAAAAUACUUUUGUCGGUCUUUCUUAGUGUCUGUGUGGAUGUUUUGUGAAAAUGAGCAGAAGCUUAUAUCAUAGUUCCCUUGGAAUUUUAAGCUCUAUUUUCUUUACAGGUAUUUAUAAUGUACCAAUGCUUUUAUCAAACAGAAUUUUGAAAGGCAUAAUAAAUUAUAUUAAAGAACUAAAUGUUUUUGUGAGAGUAAGAAAGUUUCAGGCAAUAAAAUAUUUUUUGAAAGGCAUGUUCCUCUGUUGAUGAAAAUACUAUAUAUACAUAGAUAUGUAUGUGCUAUGAUAUUAAAAGUGAUGUUUGUCUAAUAUCCUAAUACAAUUAAUAACUGAGCUUACCAUGUGUGCUCCUAGCAUUUAUAAGGAAACUCUCCAAAACUUGAUGGAUUAAUCAGCCUAUG